AUGUGGACCCCCAAGCUGCUUCGACCAGUAGCUCCUCAUUCCGUGUAUCCUGCUGCCUCCCGUCGCCUUUGCCCGCUCUUUCCAUCACCGCGCAGACCAAAAGCACCCGCUCCUCCUCCACUCGCUGUUCGUCGUGCCCUUUUCGUCCGCGGCUUUGCGUCGUCGUCAAACGAGUUCAAGUGCCAAAGCUGUGGCCAGACGUUUGUCAAGUGGCAGGGAAAGUGCUCGUCGUGCUCCCAAUGGGGCUCGAUCGUGGCUGCUGAGAUGGAAACCCCCUUCUAUUGCCAGUCCAAUGCAGCGUCUUUUCCGAGAGCCACGUCCAAGCGUCGAGCAGCUCCAUUGAAAACAGAACUGAGACCGGGUACGUCGGAAAUGGAUGGACCGCAGGCUUCACGGAUGAACCAAGUCGAGUUGCACACGUCCGUUGAGCGGUUGGAGCUGCCAGAUCGUGAAUUGGUGAGUAGAAAUGCGGGAACGAGUGCAUGGUACAAGGGAUACUACCUCAUUUGUGGGUCUUGUUGUAGAACUGGGUGCUCGGGGGAGGUAUCGUUGCUGGCUCCUUGA